AGGGGUCAACACACAGAGUGACAGUGAGAGCGAGACAGAGCGGCACGCAGACAAGAGGAACCGAACCCUGCAUGAUGAUGAUGAUGAUGAUGACGAUGACCACAAUGAAGAAGCCAGUCAUUCUGGUGGUCUGCACUCUGCUUUUCUCUUCUUUGGCUGUUUUGGCUUCUCAAAGCAGCUUUGGUCCAGAGGAGUGCUGCUUUAAAAUGUACCCGAGACGCCUGCCCAAGGAUAACGUGGUGAACUACCACUACACACACACACUGUGUCCCAGGCACGGUGUCUUCUUCACAAUGAAAAAUGACAAAGUCUUCUGUGUCAACCCGGCUCUGGGCUGGGUCCAGAACACCAUCGCGGCUGUGGACUCACGACUCAUGACCCAGCCUGCUAAAGCCGAGGGAUCCGGGUCCAAGAAUGUCAACUGAGAGCAUGGAAAAAAGCAAACUGAUUGGCAACCAAUCGGUGUUGCAACCUGCGCCUGUCUUUCAACAUUUUAAGCUUCUUUUUUCCUAUCUGUAACACUGUUAGGUUUUGGAUGCAAAAUAAUCCCUCCUGCUCCACUGUAUGUUUUUACAAUCACAGGCUGAUUGUCCAGUCUGUUUGAAUGUGUUAGAUGUCUCACGUGAUGUACUGAAUGUAAAGUAUUCUAUUCCAUAAGCUCUUUGUU